AUGGCCCCCGUUUUGAGUAGGGAGAAGGAGCUUGCGAUAGAUGAGCUAUACGCUCAAAGUACAACAACUGCCACGCAGGUAGACGAGCGGAUCGAAAUUCCCAGGCAAAUAGCCAUGUCUGUAACGACAGCUGUGUCGGUAACAAGCUCUCGAAUCACUUACCCAAAGUCUCCGUCUCUUCAUGAUCAUCAAAUGCUCUUCACAUGUCCUUGUUGCUGUCAGUCCCUUGCCGUUGCAGUCGGGCGCGGCAACCAGUGGAAGAAACACCUAAUGGGAGAUAUUCUACCCUAUACCUGUAUUGUCGCGGACUGUCCUCAAACCGACACCUUCUAUAUGACUAAAGAGACCUGGCUGAACCAUAUGGAUGAAGAACAUGGGAGCACGGUGCAAUGGGUAUGCCAUGCGUGCUCCCAAAAAAACACCUGUGCCACCUUUACGGAGUCGGCCGAUUUCACGGCUCACCUCGAGCAGCAGCAUCACAAGGGAAUCAAGCCAAAGCACAUACCUAUGCUAUGUUCGUCAUGGAAGCGCAAAGUCCCGUUCCAAAUUGCCGCUUGUCCACUUUGCUGUUUCCACAGUGACGAUCAAAACGCUUUACUUGACCACACUGCCGAGCACAUUCACUCGUUUUCGUUGAGGUCUUUACCAUGGGCUCCAAGAGUGUGCCUGGAAGAAGCAGACGACGACGACGACGACGACGACGAUGACGAAUACGGACCAUUCUUUGCAGAACAUCCAUAUUUUGAUGUUGACAGCUGCUGGUCAGAGCCCUCGGCGAGUUUACUUGAGGCUUCACGCCUGACCACAGAUCGAGAGAGUGUUGCAGACCCGGAUUCUGGAGCAUCGACGUAUGUGGUGUACGAUCGGCAGCAGCAACAACUAACGGAAGAUGUUCUCGACCAAAUACCCCAAGCUCCCUUAGGGCAGGCAGGUACAAAUGAUUGGCUGGACUCACUUACUUCUGACGAGAUCGAACCUGAACAACGUCUGGGUUGGGUCCUAGGUGGUGAGCUACAGUUGACCAGUAUAAUAGGCGUGGGUGCCACAAGCGUCGUUUAUAAAGCUCUUGACCUCAACACGAAUGUUUCAUAUGCGGUCAAGGCCCUCAGUAAGAGUGGAAAAGACUCUCGCCAGCUUCGACAGCAACCGAUUCAGAUCGCAUUGCACUAUAGGGCCAGUGGCCAUCCUAACGUGGUUCCUUUGAAACGCAUCUGUGACUCUGUCGAUUGUCUUUAUGUAGUGACCGAGUUCUUCCCGGAAGGUGACCUGUUCAACAGCAUUGUCGAGCAAGGUAACUUUGUGGGGAAUGAUUCUUUGGUGAAGGCUGUCUUCCUACAGAUACUUGACGCUGUCGAAUAUUGUCACAGCCACAGUAUCCGCCACAGAGGCCUCCAACCGGAAAAUAUCCUGGUUGCAGAGGGAGGGACAAUUGUCAAGCUAGGUGGCUUUGGCCUGGCAUCAGAAGACGAAUUUUCCUCUGAGUUUGGUUGUGGCUCCGUAUUCUACAUGUCGCCCGAAUGCCAGCAGGAAAAUCCGCGUCCGAACUCAUCUUAUUCGACCGCAGCCAAUGAUGUGUGGGCCCUUGGAGUCAUCCUCGUCAACCUUACUUGCGGCCGCAACCCUUGGAAACGUGCUUCUUUAGAGGACUCCACGUUCCGUGCAUACCUGAAAGAUCCAUUUUUCCUCCAAUCAAUCUUACCACUUUCCACCGAGGCAGUCGUUAUUUUGAGCCGCAUUUUCGAACGCGAUCCUUCCAAGCGGAUUACUAUCACAGAGCUUCGCAGCUUGAUCGUGGACUGUCCCCGUUUCACAACCCUCGUUGUGGCUCCAGAGAUCGCUAGCAGUGAUCUCCACCCUCUACUAGAGCCUCCAGUGCAGGAACUCGACUUAUUGUCUUUCUCACCUGGGUCUUCCGUAGUUAUCGGAGGAUCCUCUAAUGGAUCCUCAUAA